UCGCUGUUGUCACACUGAAUUUGACCUAACUUCAGUCUUUAGCAUUUUGUCUGCCAACAAAUGAGUAAAUCAAAUUACCUUGGGUCUUUAAUGAUAUUAUGAUAUGGAGUUCAAAUUGUCAAAUUUAAAGCUUGAUAAAGUAAUUAAAUGGUCAAAAGUUUUAGUAAUUGUUGGCGGCGGUUUAGUUAUAGGACUAUCGACGUACGCAGUGAUGCUGUAUUACAACCGAAAAAAAGAAACUCUUACAGAUGAAGGCUUUGAAGAUAAUGUUAAGCUUUCAGAUGAGCCACCAGAAAGAAAAAUUUUAGUCCUAGGCUUAGAUGGAGCUGGAAAAAGUAGUUUCUUACAUAACCUGUCCAAGACAGCAGCACCUCGAAAAACAUCUGAUAAAACUUGUGGUUUUAAUAUUGUGAGUUUCAGUACAGAAAAUGGAAUUAAUAUGAAUUUCUGGGAAAUCGGUGGCUCAGAAAUUUUUCGGAGGUAUUGGUCCAACUUUCUUCUUGAUACAGAUGUGCUUGUUUUUGUUGUGGAUGCUACAGAUGCCAGAAGGUUAUCAGAAGUUGUAUUUGAGCUCCACAAGCUUUCAGCUGAUGAACGUCUGCAGAAGGUUCCAUUUUUUAAUUUUGGCAAAUAAGCAGGAUAUAAGUGGUGCACUUUCUGCUAAAGAAGUUUCUGAAGCCCUUGGAACAGUGGAUCUUCUUGAACAAGGUCACAAGGUUGAAGUUUUGCCUCUCCAGGUCCCUUCAGAAUUUCCUUACCAUUGUACAGUUGAUGCUGCAAAACAGCUUGUGUCAACCUGGUGUUGUAGGAAAUAAAAUACAAUCAGUUUUUACAACAAUGCAAGUUUUAAGAUUGAACUUGAAAGUAAAUUAAUGUAAGCAUUAUUUUUUUUGCAUAAAUUCUAUAAGUAUAGCAUGAGAACUUUUCCGUUUUACAGACUGAGUGAGUGGAAAGAAUCUGAUGGCAUGCGCUUGAAAUUAAGAUAUAAUUUCAAAGAUUUGUGGAAUCUCCUCUUCAAAGAGAAACAUAUGUAACUUAGUACUUUGAUAAGUUAAGGUGCAUUAAAGCUUCCUCUAACUCUUGUAUAUUUAUUUUUAUUACAUGACUAAAAUUACAUUGUAUUUAAAAAUGAAAAUUAAUUUCAUUGUUUUUGUUGUAUCUGUUUUAAACAGAUCACAUGUCCACAAGAGAACUUGUAAUAUUACCCUAAUUGUAAAUUUCAGUUUAAUUAUUUUAAAAUAAGCUAUCCUAAUCUGUACAGUGCACUUUGAAAAAAAACUGUUAUUUAUGUCACAGAUCAUAUAUAUAUAUAUGUCUUAUAUAUAAUAGUGAUUAUAAAAAGUGAGAAUAACAACUGGUUCAGCAAAGAAUCUUGUGAGCUUACCUGAAACAAGGUUUUAUUUUCCUAUUUAUUUGGACUAAUUGGUCUACAAAAA